AUGGCGUUUCUUCCAACUGCUCAAUGGCGUGACCGUGUCAGACGUCAGACUUUAGCACUGACUGAGAAAAACUUCCUCCUGUUUCUCAGAUCACCGUGGGCGACUCUCUUUCGCGCAUUGAUUCUGCCAAUAGUUUUCACCGCACUAUUCUGUUCCGGUGGAAAACUCUCCAAUAUUUCAUCCACGCCGACCGACGGCGGAUUUGCCGACUCUUCACAGCAGAUUAAAAGCUUGAAACAAGCGCUGGAUGGGGUUCCCCUCAAGAAACUUGUUCUGUGCCGGAAUGGAUUCAAUGGAACGGAAGUCAAUUCGAUUAUAGAGACUGCGGUACAAGGCCUCAGUUUGGACAGUGCUACAAGCCUAUCGAGUACUGACUUUGCAAAGCAUGAAUCUUUGAGCAACGACCGCCUCCUGCCACUGCAAUGGGCUAUGGAUUCUAGCAUUGGGAGCUUCAGUACAACGACUCCGCCAUCGGAACUUCCCUGGUCCGGAUAUUUCGAAGACAAAGCAACGGAUACAAGCUCACAGCUUGAUACCGCAUCUUGGUUUGUGGUAAUUUACUACUUCGUUGCUCCAACAUUUCUCCUCGCUUUGAUUGGUGUUGUCUACCAUGCCAGUCUAUUUGUGGCAUCAGAAAGAGAACUGGGAAUGGCCGAACUUCUAGGUGCACAAACAUGCACGAAAACACCUCGAAUUCUUUCCACUAUUGCUUCUUUUGUUGCAAUUUAUUCGCCAGGAUGGUUUAUUUGCUCUAUUCUCAUGACCCAGCUUCUCUUCACGCGUUGCUCGGAUGCCCUUCUUCUGUUCCUCACACUAAUAGCUGGAACAUCUCUCACUGUGUGGUCACUCGCCUUAUUUCCUCCGUUCACCUACGCAAGUCUCAUCGGCGAUGUUGCGCGCGCCGAGGCGCACUUCGCCAGCUUUUCGCUCCUGAAGUCUACCACUACCACCUCUGGUAGUCUAGGUUUCACUCCGCAAGUCACUGGCUACCUGUAUAUCGUGUUCCUCUGUGCCCAAAUUGUGAUUUACACCGCUGCGUGUUUUGCAGUUGACCACUACAAAUGGAGUGUGAAAAGAAGCUACGUUGAGAUUGAUUCGUCUAGUGACAUUGCAGUACGCUGCACAGAACUUUCGAAGACUUUUGAAGCGAGCCGUCGAUGGUACUGGCCAUGGAGCACUGCGGGAAGCAGCCAUCUUGCUGUUAACAGCUUGAAUCUUGAAUUAAAGACAGGUUCAGUUAACUUCCUGCUCGGGCCAAGUGGAGGAGGUAAAACGACGACGUUAAAAUGUAUCGCCGGCAUCAUAUCUGCGGACAAAAGCUCUCGACUGGAGAUCAAUCAAAAUGCCACGUUCUUUGGCGUCUGCCCUCAGCAUAAUGUUUUUUGGGAGAGACUGACGGUUGCCGAACACGUCCGAAUUUGGAGAAAGAUUAAAACUGGAGCAACUGCGGUUGGAAGCGAAGAUGAUGUGCUUGCAGAGUGCGGUAUUUUGAAAAAAUCUAACCAAGCUGUGGAGACAUUAUCUGGAGGCCAGCAAAGGAAGCUUCAGCUUGCCAUCGCAUUUGUGUGCGGUUCCACAAUGUGCUUCAUCGAUGAGGCUUCCAGUGGCUUGGUAGCUACAGCCACUCCAAAGUCUCGACCACUGCUGACAGGUUUUAAGAUCCUCUCUCAAGACGCAAUAUCUGGAACAUUAUCUCUAAUUGUCACUCGCGCCGCAGAUGUUCUUGCGGAUAAUAUUUCGAUCAUCUACAAAGGAGGACUUGUGUGCACAGGUACCCCCACUUCACUGAAAGCCAACUACGGACUGGACCUCGAGAUCCGACAUAUUGCGACCGAAGAUGACGAAGGUUACGAAGAAGAUGAAAAUGAUGAAGAAAAAAUGCCUACGUGGAACAUGAAGACUUCUACUGAAGCAACAAAGAAGAUUCUCGAAUUGGAAGAGCUAUCAGGUGGUCUAUACUCAGUUACCUUCCCGACGCUAGAGCAAGUCUUUUUGAACGUCACCAAUUCAUCGCUGAUCGAUGGUAAUGGCAACGGAGAUGUAUUACUUGGUGAUCAGAUAUCUAGACAGGAGACUGAGCUGGAAGAACUGAACCCAGGGACUGUGGAGGGAGUAACCCUUGAAGUUGGGAAGCAAACCAAGCUAUUUCACCAAGUAAGUUGCCAAUUCGUCGGCCUGACUCUCGUCCUAACUGCAUUCGAGACUCUAGUCAUCCUGAAGAAACGCUAUCUUCUAGCGCGGCACAGCUGGAUGAGUUAUGGCAUCGCUCUCAUAAUCCCAAUUGUCAUUGCCGGUGCACUAGCCAGCUCGGUCGCUAAAUUCGACAGCUUCGAUAACUGUACACAUAGAAUAGAUGUUACCAUGCGAAAUGCAAGCAUAGCAGAGUCCAUGUCUCUGGGAGAGGGUUUUGAUACUUACGAUGUUCUCGGUCCUUUGGAGACCCCUGAUUUCUACAGCGCUGAGGACCUUGCAUACUAUGCGAUUUCUAGCAUUGCUGGACCACCGGCUGCUUUUGAUGGCGAAGCUCAAAGUACAAUUUAUGUCGAGAACAUGGGACAAUAUUUUGGGUCAGUCAGUCUUGAAAAAGAGGGUGUUACUGGGGAACAGAAGGCUCUAGCUACUCGUGGCAAUGCGUCUUCACUUACAGAAAUGAUUUCCAUCGUCAAAGAUCACCACGGUCAGCCAGCAUUUGGUGUUUUUGCUGACUCGGCCGAUAUCACGUUCGUUCAUUGA